GCAAGGACCAUAGCCGUCCUCCCACUAUGGUCCAUAGUCUCAGCGUGCAGUGUUACUUUACCACUGCAGUCAUCUCACGUGCUUAGCCCAACGCUGCAGUGUGUUUAGUAGAGUAGCCGUAGUUUUCAGUAUAUUGUAGGUAGUAUGGAGACCGACAGCCAACAGAGCAAUUCCGUUAGCCCUAACGACGUGUCUCAGGACCCCGGAAAAAUGUUUAUCGGUGGAUUAAGCUGGCAAACAGCGCCAGAGACACUGAGGGAAUAUUUCGGCAAAUACGGUGAGAUUACCGAAGUCAUGGUGAUGAAGGACCCAUCCACCCGAAGAUCACGUGGUUUUGGUUUUGUUACAUUUGCCGAUCCCAAUAGCGUAGACAAAGUUUUAACCAACGGACCUCACGAACUUGACGGUAAAAAGAUAGAUCCAAAGAUUGCCUUUCCCAAACGGGCACACCCAAAGGUAGGCCAUAAACCUGUUAUUUACCCAUUUGCCCAUAAAAGACGUGUUUAU